CAUGCCAACACCGACCAUGCUCGUAUCGCUAAGUUGGAUCGCGAUAACGAUGUCACUGCUCCACCAAAGAUUGACGUGUCCGUUGGUAAGGCUAUCCAAAAGGCUCGUGGUGAUAAGGGAUUAACCCAAAAGGACUUGGCUCAGUUGAUCAACGAAAAGCCUCAAGUUGUCAACGAAUACGAAGCCGGAAAGGCUGUUCCUAACCAGCAGAUUUUGGGAAAGCUCGAACGUGCUUUGGGUGUCAAGCUUAGAGGAAAGGGUAUCGGUGAACCCUUGACCUUCGGCAAGAAGAAGUAAAUUGCCCAAUUUUUACUUUUCGCUUGAUCUCUUUGAAUCAAGAUUAGAUUACUGGACGGUGCGUACAGAUGAAAAGGAACACCACACUUUCAAUGGGUAUUUGUGACAAACCAAGUUCGGAAUAUCUAUGUAGUUUAAAACGAUGUCCAUCAGUGUAUUUUAUUCUGUGCCUAUUUUUUUUUCUCUUUCGCUCUUCACCUGUUCAUUUUUUAGACAUACCAAAUUUACACCACUUUUCUGAUUUUCUAAAAAACCCUUUUCAAGUAAACACAGUAGGAAGCAGUUUUUGACCCUAUGAUGAUGAAUGGCUAAAAUCAUUUUUUUUAUAUAUGUUCAAUAUACUGGGUGGCAAAGCUCCGCGACAAUGUUCAAGAGGACGUGGAAAGCUUUAAAGGGUUC